AGAGAGAGAGAGUUAUCAGCGCCGGCGUUCCAACAGCGGCCGGGGUGCGCUCAGCAGCAAGGGCAGCAGGAAAGGGGCCCGCGACGGUGCGAGUCCUCAGUGUGGUGUUAGCGCUGGUUCAGAGGGGAGGCACAUCACGGCGCGCGGAAGCUGAAUAUGUUGCGGUUAGGAACAUCCGUAGUGAGGGCCGUGGUGCAGGCCGGGGCAGCGGAGACCCUGCUGAAGGCCAGCGCUCCUGCCGCCGGCGUGGCCAAGCGAUGGCAGGGCGACUACGAGCGUCACCAGAUCCCGGAGCGCCUUCAGUACAUCCCCGACGCGGAAGACCCUUCGUUCUUCGAGAUGGUCGAGUACUUCUUCCAUCGCGGGUGCCAGGUUGUGGAGGACCAGUUGGUCGAGGAGAUGAAGGAGCGCAUCCCCCUUGAGGAGAAGCGCAACAAGACCCGUGGCAUCCUGAAGAUCAUGGAGCCCUGCCACCACGUGCUGGAGGUCGCCUUCCCCGUCAAGAGGGACAACGGCACCUACGAGAUGAUCCACGGCUAUCGCGCCCAGCACUCUCUCCACCGUACCCCAACCAAGGGCGGUAUCCGUUACUCCUUAGACGUGUGCGCCGACGAAGUAAAGGCUUUGUCUGCCCUGAUGACAUUCAAGUGUUCCUGCGUAGACGUCCCCUUCGGCGGUGCCAAGGCUGGUCUCAAGAUAAACCCCAGGGACUACUCCAUCAAUGAGCUGGAGAAGAUCACCCGUCGAUUCACUCUCGAGUUGGCCAAGAAGGGGUUCAUUGGACCUGGUGUGGAUGUGCCGGCCCCCGACAUGGGUACUGGUGAACGUGAGAUGUCAUGGAUUGCUGACACCUAUGCCAACACAAUUGGACAUCUUGACAUCAAUGCUCAUGCCUGUGUCACUGGCAAGCCCAUCAACCAAGGUGGUAUCCAUGGCCGUACAUCUGCCACUGGGCGAGGUGUGUUCCACGGGCUGGAGAAUUUCAUCAAUGAGGCUUCAUACAUGUCUAUGAUUGGUAUCACUCCUGGAUGGGGUGGAAAAACUUUCAUUGUGCAGGGCUUUGGUAAUGUCGGUCUCCACAGUAUGAGAUAUCUUCACCGUGCAGGAGCCACUUGCAUAGGUAUCAAGGAAGUCGACGGCUCAAUCUACAACCCCAAUGGUAUUGAUCCUAAGGAACUGGAGAAUUGGAAGAUUGAAAAUGGUACAAUCAUGGGAUUCCCUGGUGCUGAGACUUAUGAAGGAGAGAACCUUCUGUAUGAGAAGUGUGACAUCCUCAUUCCCGCUGCUAUUGAGAAGGUCAUUCACAAGGGCAAUGCUCACAAGAUCCAGGCAAAGAUCAUUGCUGAGGCUGCCAAUGGACCUACAACCCCUGCUGCUGACCAGGUUCUCCAGGACAUGAAUGUUUUGGUCAUCCCAGAUCUUUACAUCAAUGCUGGUGGUGUAACUGUGUCAUAUUUUGAAUGGCUGAAGAAUCUCAACCACGUUUCAUAUGGUCGUCUUACCUUCAAAUAUGAGAGAGAAUCCAACUACCAUCUGUUAGAAUCUGUUCAGGAGUCUCUUGAGCGGCGUUUUGGUCGUGUGGGUGGCAAGAUUCCCAUCGUGCCGUCAGAGGCUUUCCAGGAUCGCAUUUCUGGUGCAUCUGAGAAAGACAUUGUCCACUCUGGUUUGGACUACUCCAUGGAACGCUCUGCCAGAGCCAUCAUGAGAACUGCAAUCAAGUAUAACUUGGGCAUUGAUCUCCGUACUGCUGCUUAUGUCAAUUCCAUUGAGAAGAUCUUCAACACCUACAAGGAGGCUGGUCUUACAUUCACCUAAAAUCCUUGUUAGAAUGUUGGCAUGGUCAUGGACUGUUUCCAUCAGAGAUUAAAAGAAGAAAAGAAGAAAUGAAAGAGCAUAUUUGCAGUGGGGAAGAAAAGUAUGGAUGGUACAAGAAUUUCACAUCAAUUAUACCAAGUGAAAUUGCAUUUAAAAUAUGAUGGCAAGAAUGUCUGACAAUUUUUGGCAUGCAAGCAGAAAGGGUUUCUCUGUCAGCUUUUAUUAAGAAAAGUGUUAUGCAGCUGAUUUCUUUUUGCUCUAUGGUUAACAGACAUUUGAGAUGAGGAGUUGAAAGUUUUUACAGGUAUUUGAUUCAUACUUCAGAACGGUAUUUUUUGAUUCAGGGAACAGAAAGGAGAUUUGCAUAAAAAUGAAUGGUAUUUUUUACCCAACUUGUAAAUUACAAAUAAAUGUUAAUAGGGUACCACAUUGUUUCUUCAUCACAUCAUCUAUUUGAUUAACAUUGCAGUAAAGAGGAUAUAAUGCUUUUGAUGAUAAUGGCAACACAGGGAUUUUCUUGUCCAUACACAUUAGCGAAAUUGUUAGUAUGUAUAGUAAUUCAAUUAAAUGUUAAUGGAUGAUAUUCUCCAUGUUCUGCAAGGCAGGUGACCUUGUAAUGGUUUAUUUUAUUACCAAAAACACCCAUUAUUGGGCAAAAUAC